CUUAAGCACGACAUUGUUCUCAAUGGAGGAUAGAUAAGGAUGGUAGAACGAAGUUACUAGAUCAAGUGUGAAUGAUGGUGAACGGGGUAGGCAGUGCAUUCUAGGAGGAAAGUAGAGAAAGAGCAGUCGGAACACAAACACCACACAAAAUCUCACAAAGGUUGAGUUAUUGACUCUAAAAUCAAAGAAGAAAACUGACUCAACCGAGGAGAAAUAGGGAAAGAAAUGCAAACCGACUUGUUGGGAUGCCUCCCAACAAGCUCUUCUUUCACAUCGUGAGCCGGAUGUUGGAUCCUAAGUUUCGGUCCAUGUUAGAACCUCUUUGAAGUUGAGGUUCUCAUCUAUGAGGUGGAGUCUCAAGUCACGAGCAGGUGGUGUGGCAGGUGAUGAAGGCUCGUGCACUUGAUGCAGAUGAAGUCUCCACCCUCGAGACCUCUUCUUUGUUUCUUCUCUUGUCUCAUUGCCCCAAACCAAAUAUAACCGUAUCGACUGACCACCAUCGCGUCCACCAAGAGGGACCGAUGUUGAUGUGGCCUUGUUCUGGCAAAGAGACACUGCAAAUGGGUCCUUGCUAAGCAGUUCCUCGAAGUUUGGUGGGGAUAUUACUUGUAUUAUAGGGCCGGUCAAGCCUCUUCCACAUCAACUUCAUCCUCAGCCUGGACACCACUCGCUUCUUCAACCCCCCUUCCUUCUACAAAAUGUGGUCUCUCUUCUUGGAAAAGAUCAAGAACUAUCUCUUCUUUGCUUUCUUCCUCAUCCCCCACAACUUCUUUCCUCACCCUUUCUCUCUCUUCUUCUUCCAUAACGGAUUGGAGAGCAAGUCGCCAUGUAAGGUUCUCAAUAAGUUCAGCUUCCAUCUCCUCGCUCGGGCCCAACAUGUCGGAGCGGAAAUGGGGAAAGUUGUGAUCUACCACCAGAGGAUACACUUGAUCAUGAUUAUUAUGGGAGCUUUCUGUGACAAAUUAUGUAUGCUCCUCAACAUCCUCAUGAUUGCCUUCUUCUUCCUCCUCCUCUACUUGUAUGGCAGCAUAAAGGUUGUCUUGAGAAAACUGUGCACAAGCUUUCUCAAUGACCUCUAUGUGCUUCUUUAUGCUCCAAAGGGUAUCCUCUGUUUCAUGAGGAAAGGAGAAGUCAGUUUGGGCAAUGGCCUGGAUAUGAGGAUCCAUCUUGGGAAAGGAUCUCUCAGGUACUCGAGCAAUCUGCUCCACGAGAAGCCUCAAGUGAUAGUUUGGAUCUGGCUGUGGAGUGUAGCAUGGAUCUGCCGGAUGGCCCGUGAGGGCUGUGGCUAAAUCAAGAUUUGAUGGCCCUUCUGGUUAUGGGAGGAAUUCUUCUUGAUAAGGAGGUUGUUCUUGAUAUACCCAGGGGUCUGAUUGUUCUCCGUAGUAAGAGGGUUGGUACUGGAACCCAAAUCCAUAGUCUUCUUCUCCUUGAUUGCUUCAGGAAAUCUCGGGGUAAUACCACUCAAAUAGUGGUGGAUACCCCCACUGGUUGGAGAAGCCAUUAGGAUCCAUGAUUCAGAUCUGCACCAACAAAAACAAAAACACCCAAGUGAAAAGCAAGGGUGAAAAGAAAAUGCUAAAGUAACAAACUUCUGCCUUUCCUAAUAAUCUAAAAAGUCCCCGACAACGGCGCCAAAAACUUGACACACUAAAACACAACACCUAACAAUGGCCAAGUGUAACCAAUGAAAGGGACUGCAGUAU